UGCACGCACACAUAUGUCGCGAAUUGCAGAUGAAAAAUUGACAUAAAAUUUUCUGAAGGUUCUUUUGCACUCAAAGUUUCACGCUGUCAACAUGGGUUUCGCUGAUCUCUGGUAUUCGCAUCCACGUAAAUACGGACAAGGCUCUCGAUUCUGCCGAGCCUGCUCCAACAACCACGGAAUGAUUCGGAAAUACGGGCUGAAUAUCUGCCGACAGUGUUUCAGAGAAUACGCUAAGGAUAUUGGUUUCCGUAAACUGGACUAAACCGAAAUCGUAUGAAAGCGGUGAUUGCUUGCAGUGUUAUGCUCUAUAAAGGUAGCUGUCAGUGUAUAUCGAAUAGAAAAUAUGCCUGUUUAAGCGUCACCCACUUCAAAUAAUGCUAAAUCAAUAAAAUAUUUUUUUUCGAUACGAAA